CACAGUGCACUCUGAUGCCCUCGAGUCACCAAGGGACAGAAUCAAUCCAUAUUUCUGGAGUGACCGGGGGCUCUCAAGAAUUGACUGUGUUGGAGGCUGGGAUAAGCCUCACAGGUAAGGACUGGCAAAAACAUCCUAUUGUGACGGGCCCAGGGGCUCCAUGUAUACUAGGUAUUGAUUAUCUCAGGAGGCGACAUUUCAAGGAUCCUAAGGGGUAUCGAUGGGCCUUUGGAAUAGCUGCUGUGGACACAGACAACAUUAAGCAGCUGUCUGUUUUGCCUGGCCUGUCCGAAGAUCCGUCUGUUGCGGGGCUGCUGCGAGUGGAAAAGGAACAGGUACCAAUUGCUACAAAAACGGUGCACAGGCGGCAGUACCGCACCAACAGGGAUUCCUUGCUCCCCAUUCAUAAGUUGAUUCGUCAACUGGAGAGCCAGGGAGUGCUCAGCAAAACUCACUCGCCUUUUAACAGCCCCAUAUGGCCAGUGCGUAAAGCCAGUGGAGAAUGGAGGCUGACGGUGGACUACCGUGGCCUGAAUGAAGUCACACCCCCACUGAGUGCUGCUGUGCUGGACAUGUUAGAACUCCAGUACGAACUGGAGUCAAAAGUGGCCAAAUGGUAUGCCACCAUUGACAUUGCUAAUGCCUUCUUUUCCAUUCCUUUGGCCAAAGAAUGUAAGCCACAAUUUGCUUUCACCUGGAGGGGCGUUCAGUAUACCUGGAACCGUUUGCACCAGGGGUGGAAACACAGCCCGACCAUUUGCCAUAGGUUGAUUCAAACUGUAUUGGAACAGGGCAGCGCUCCUGAGCACCUGCAGUACAUUGAUGACAUCAUUGUGUGGGGCGAUACAGCACAAGAAGUCUUCACAAAAGGAGAGAGGAUGAUCCAAAUUCUUCUGAGUGCUGGUUUUGCUAUUAAGCGAAGCAAAGUGAAAGGACCUGCCCAGGAGAUUCAGUUCCUAGGUAUAAAGUGGCAAGAUGGCCGUCGUCACAUUCCGACAGACGUGAUCGACAAAAUCGCUGCUAUGUCUCCACCCACUAGCAAAAGAGAGACACAAUCUUUUCUGGGUGCAGUGGGCUUUUGGAGAAUGCAUGUUCCAAACUACAGCCUCAUUGUAAGCCCCCUUUAUUAUGUGACGCGAAUGAGAAAUGAGUUUACAUGGGGCCCUGAGCAGCAGCAGGCUUUUGAACAGAUUAAACAGGAGAUAGCCCAUUUCGUGGCCCAAGGGCCAGUACGGACAGGACAGGGUAUAAAGAACAUCCUCUAUACUGCUGCUGGAGAGAACAGUCCCACUUGGAGUUUGUGGCAAAGAGCCUCAGGAGAGACCCGAGGCCGACCCCUGGGAUUCUGGAGUCGGGCAUACAGAGGGUCUGAAGAGCACUACACUCCAACUGAAAAGGAGAUUUUAGCCGCUUAUGAAGGGGUUCGGGCUGCUUCCGAAGUAGUCGGUACUGAAACACAGCUCCUUCUGGCACCUCGACUGCCAGUGCUGAACUGGAUGUUUAAAGGAAAGGUUCCCUCCACCCAUCAUGCUACUGAUGCCACUUGGAGUAAGUGGAUUGCACUGAUUACACAACGAGCACGGAUGGGGAACCUCAGCUGUCCAGGAAUCCUAGAGAUCAUCAUGGACUGGCCUGAAGGUAAAAAGUUUGGAACACCACCAGCAGAAGAAGUAUCACGUGCUAAAGAAGCCCCACCAUACAAUGAACUACCAGAGAAUGAAAAGAAAUAUGCCCUGUUCACAGAUGGAUCGUGUCGUAUUGUGGGGAAGCAUCGCAGAUGGAAAUCUGCUGUGUGGAGCCCCACACGACAAGUUGCAGAGGCCACUGAAGGGAAAGGCGAAUCAAGCCAAUUUGCAGAGGUAAAGGCUGUCCAACUGGCCUUAGAUGUUGCUGAACGGGAGAGGUGGCCAAUGCUCUAUCUUUACACUGACUCAUGGAUGGUAGCAAAUGCCUUAUGGGGGUGGUUACAGCAAUGGGAACAAAAUAACUGGCAAAGAAGGGGUAAACCUAUUUGGGCUGCUGAACUGUGGAAAGACAUUGCUGCCCGAACAAAGACUAUAGUUGUAAAGGUGCGUCAUGUAGAUGCUCAUGUGCCCAAGAGUCGGGCUACUGAAGAACAGCAAAAUAACCAUCAGGUAGACCGAGCUGCCAGAAUUGAGGUGGCUCUAAUAGACCUGGACUGGCAGAACAAGGGUGAAUUAUUUCUGGCUCGGUGGGCCCAUGAGAUCUCAGGUCAUCAAGGGAGAGAUGCAACAUACAAAUGGGCUAGAGACCGAGGGGUGGACUUAACUAUGGAUGCCAUUGCACAGGUUAUUCAUAAGUGUGAAACAUGUGCCAUCAUCAAACAAGCCAAGAGGAUGAAACCUCUGUGGGAGGAAGGGCGAUGGCAAAAGUACAAAUAUGGGGAGGCAUGGCAGGUUGAUUAUAUCACCUUGCCACGAUUUCGCAAUGGUAAGCGUUAUGUGCUUACUAUGGUGGAGGCAAGCACUGGGUGGCUUGAAACAUAUGCAGUACCCCAUGCUACUGCCCGAAACACCAUACUGGGUCUCGAGAAACAAGUCCUGUGGCGACAUGGCACCCCAGAAAGAAUUGAGUCAGAUAAUGGGACUCAUUUCAAAAAUUCUCUUGUAAAUACUUGGGCCAAAGAUCAUGGCAUUGAGUGGAUUUACCAUAUUCCCUAUCAUGCACCAGCCUCUGGUAAAAUUGAACGAUACAAUGGAUUGUUAAAAACGAUGCUAAAAGCACUGGGUGGCGGAACAUUUAAGCACUGGGAGAAGCAUUUGGCGGAAGCCACCUGGUUGGUCAAUACCAGAGGAUCUAUCAAUCGUGAUGGUCCUAACCAAUCCAGUUCCCUACACACCAUAGAGGGAGAUAAAGUCCCUGUUGUACAUGUAAAGAACAUGUUAGGAAAGGCAGUUUGGGUUCUUCCAGCUUCUGGAAAGGGCAAACCUCUCCGUGGUACAGUUUUUGCCCAGGGACCAGGAUCCACUUGGUGGGUAAUACAGAAGAAUGGGGAUGUCCAAUGUGUACCACAAGGAAACUUGAUGCCGGGGGAGUGCAGUUACUAAUUCUAUGUAUAUAGCCAUGUGUGCAUUUUAAUCAUUUUUUGUUUGUUUGUAUAUAUGUAUAUAUAUUUUAAGCAUGAUGUAACGAUGUAGAAUAAGGGGUGGAAUGUCAUGGUUCUAUGUUUUUGUUUUUGUUUGGGUUUUUUUUGUUUGUUUUUGGAUUUCAGUAUUCCACAUCAAAACAUCAUGUAGUGUACGGAGCAUUAAAGUGUCACUGCCCCAGUUCCAAGUUCCUAUCCCUGUACAUUACAGCAGUCACGGGAUCUGGCCCUUCCGGGUGGGGGGGGGCGCUCUCUUGCUGCCUUGCAGUGGGUGCUGGAGGAUGCUUUCCUAGCCGUUCCAAGCUUUUCAGGUUUGAAUCGGUCCCAGGAACUCUCUCUCAUCUUGUCUGAUUUAUUAAUCUCAAUUUCAAUUAAAUUGUAUAUAUUGUGUUAUCUUGUAUUCCGAUAUUAUAGUAAAAUAAGUUUUCCUCUAUAGAUUGUUGCCGCUGCUCUUUUCCUCCCUUCCUUCCUUCCCAUUUUUGUGGGACUGGGGUGGGGGGGGAGGGCAGAGGCCUGUCGCCCCUGUCACGGACAUAGAUUGAUCUGGUCAACCCCGUGACAAAUUGAAAGUCUCGGAAAAGACUUCUCAUGCCACCCAAAUGAGCCUAUUCUCACCUGGUUACUUGGAUGCUGGGACAAUGGGAUCAACAGUGUGUGGAGAGAUAGCAGAGAAGCUUGGCAACGGGGUGGCAUUGCUAGGGACUCAGCCAUUGACAGAGGUAUUAGUACAUGCGAGAACACAGCCUUCAUCCUCUGGAAGUGGAUGUUGUUAGCUGUGAAAGAAAGAUACCCCUUCAAAGACGAUCUGAUGCCUGAGAAAAAGAAAUGGGCUGAUAUGGAAGAAGGCAUCCGUUAUUUGAGAGAAUGUGCUGUGGUGGAAACACUACAUAGCCCCGAUUUCAUUCCUGAUGAGCCAGACCAAGAGCAUGAUCCUGAGAGAGCCAGGUGUACACCAAAAAUGUGGCAUACAUCCACAAAGACUGCACCAGAAAGGUACGCCAGUACAUUUGCAGCAAUCUAUGGCAGAGGGGAAAGAAGAUCCCUUAUAAAUGAACUGAUUAAUAAACUUCAAGACUUGGAGUUAUAUUUAAGCCCUCUACGAGUUAGUGUUUCAGCCAUUGCAAAAGUAGCUGAAAAGCUGGACAGAAUGGAUAAAAAACAAGAAGAUAUAAUACACAAACUAUCAAUUGUGCCUGAUGCUGAUGAAUCCAUGGUGGUAACAGAAACAUCCCAUGAGGAACAGAAUUCCCAAAACAGCUUACUGGAGGGGCUGAUCAACUUGGUUUCCUCCCAGCCAGUGUCAUCCAAUGUCUCAGCUAUCAAAAGAAGACGUUCUCCUCGAACAAGUGACAACAGUAACACCACGUCACGUUUUGCCUUGUGGCAUUACCUACGUGACCAUGGAGAAGAUAUGAAGAAGUGGCAUAAGCAACCUACUCCAGCACUUGAAGCACAAGUAAAAGAGUUACAAGACAAAUCAACCACAAAGGUGAACUUCUCCAAAAAGGUAAUUGCUCCAGUUGCUGCAGACAAUGGAGGUAACAAAUAGAGGGGCCCUGCCCCCAGCCAGGGCAGGGAUAGGGAUAAUAGAGUAUAUUGGACUGUGUGGAUUAGAUGGCCUGACACAUCAGAACCACAGAAAUAUAAGGCCCUGGUGGACACUGGAGCACAGUGCGCUCUAAUGCCCUCCAGUCACCAAGGGACAAAAUCAAUUUAUAUUCAUGGGGUGACUGGGGGUUCCCAAGAACUGACUAUGCUGGAGGCUGAAAUCAGCCUGACUGUUAAAGACUGGCAAAAGCACCCUCUUGUGACUGGCCCAGGGGCUCCAUGUAUACUUGGUAUCGAUUGCCUCAGAAGGGGAUAUUUUAAGGAUCCCAAAGGGUAUCGAUGGGCCUUUGGAAUAGCUGCUGUAGACAAAGAAGAUGUUAAGCAGUUGUCUGUUUUGCCUGGCCUAUCAGAAGAUCCAUCUGUUGUGGGGUUGCUACGAGUAAAAGAGCAACAGGUACCGAUUGCUACAAAAAUGGUGAACAGACGGCAGGAACGCACCAACAGGGAUUCUUUGCUCCCCAUUCAGAAGUUAAUUCGUCAAUUAGAGAAUCUGGGAGUGAUCAGCAAAACUCACUCGCCCUUUAACAGCCCCAUAUGGCCAGUGCGUAAAGCCAGUGGAGAAUGGAGGCUGACGGUGGACUACCGUGGCCUGAAUGAAGUCACACCCCCACUGAGUGCUGCUGUGCCGGAUGUGUUAGAACUCCAGUAUGAACUGGAGUCAAAAGCGGCCAAAUGGUAUUCCACCACUGACAUUGCUAACGCCUUCUUUUCCAUUCCUUUGGCCAAAGAAUCUAGACCACAGUUUGCUUUCACCUGGAGGGGCAUUCAGUAUACCUGGAACUGUUUGCCCCAGGGGUGGAAACAUAGCCUGACCAUUUGUCAUGGGUUGAUCCAAGCUGCCCUGGAACAAGGAGGUGCUCCUGAGCACUUAUAGUACAUUGAUGACAUCAUUGUGUGAGGCAACACAGCAAAGGAAGUUUAUGAGAAAGGAGAGCAAAUAAUCCAGAUCCUUCUCUGUGCUGGUUUUGCUAUUAAGCGAAACAAAGUGAAAGGACCUGCCCAGGAAAUUCAGUUCCUAGGCAUAUAGUGGCAAGAUGGCCGUUGUCACAUCCCAACAGAUGUGGUUGACAAAAUUGCUGCCAUGUCUACCUCCACUCAAAAGAAAGAGACAUAAUCGUUUCUGGGCUUAGUGGGUUUUUGGAGAAUGCAUGUUCCAAACUACAGCCUCAUUGUAAGCCCCCUUUAUCAUGUGACGCGAAUGAGAAAUGAGUUUACAUGGGGCCCUGAGCAGCAGCAGGCUUUUGAACAGAUUAAACAGGAGAUAGCCCGUGCCGUGGCCCUAGGGCCAGUAUGGACGGGACAGGGUAUAAAGAACAUCCUCUAUACUACUGCUGGAGAGAAAGGCCCCACUUGGAGUUUGUGGCAAAGAGCCUCAGGAGAGACCCAAGGCCGACCCCUGGGAUUCUGGAGUUGAGCCUGCAGGGGGUCAGAAAAGCGCGACACUCCUACUGAGAAGGACAUCUUAGCUGUGUGAGAGGGUUCGGUCUGCUUCUGAAGUAAUUGGUGCUGAAACACAGCUCCUUCUGGCACCUCGACUGCCAGUGCUGAACUGGAUGUUUAAAGGAAAGGUUCCCUCCACCCAUCAUGCUACUGAUGCCACUUGGAGUAAGUGGAUUGCACUGAUUACACAACGAGCACGGAUGGGGAA